AUGAACUUGGCGAACAAGUUGUCCGGGCUCGACGACAAUAUCUACAACAAUGCCGACGAAGACGGCCUGGACCACCGCUCUGAUUCGGAUUCAUCGUACACGGAGCAAGGUCGUCGUGGACGUCAUCACCAUCAUCAUCAUCGCUAUCAGGGCCCGGAACAGCCCAGGAGGAGCAGCAGUUCCAGGAAGCACUGUGACAAUAGGUCCAUUGCAGAGAAAGGGUGCGCGCCAGGAGUUGUCAAUGCUGAAUCCACCCGUGUUGAUGACGACAAGUGGGAAGUCGUCCCCCCGGAUCCAGAUUUCUACGUGAUCCCCAGCGGCAAUAACGUCCGAGAUUUACGGGCGGCCCGUCAGCCGGAGGCGUCGUUGAAUGCAGAUUGGGUGGUGUGCGAGAAAGGACGGAACGGAGAGGUGCAGAUGUUGGAGGGUCCUCCUCCGGCUCAUGACGACUUGGCAUCGCUGUCGUCGUCGACGUCGGCCGAAGAACGGGAGAUUCAGAAGACGACGUCCGUGUCUCGCCCUGGAUCUGGCGACAGUGACACAACGCAACAUGAAAACCGAGCUUCCGCGAGACCCGAUCCAAAAGAAAACGCCUCCCAGAUGACGGCAUCCGAUUCGAGAUCUGGCGCCGCCCGGCGGGUGGUGGUGAUGGCGGCCGCGGAAAACCAGACAUUACCGUCGCCGUUGCCGUUUGGCCAGGCACCGACGAACCGCACCCAGUCCAACCAAGCGCCGCUGUCAGGGCGGUCAUACGAGCGAAUUCGACCCGUCGUGAACAGAAUCCCAGCACGCCCGGUGCACUCAACGACAGCGGCGGGAGGCGAGGCUCGACAGGAUCAGCAACAAUCACAUCCACCGCACUCAGCCCCAGUCCGCAUUCCCACGGCCAAUCGCAUCGCCAGACCCCGCCGUAACCCCAACUUCAAUCGACCAUUUCCCGCCCACGAGGAGAAAGAACUGCCCUUCCUGGCUCCUAUGAUGUCAACUGCUGCCGCCGCUGCCGCCGCUGCCGCCGUGGGUGGCCCAGAGGCAAUGACGACGAUCAUGUCAAGGCAACAACAGCAUGACCACCGCCAGAUCGCGGCCCAGCUGCGGGCACAGGCGGUGGUGGCUGCUGCUGCUGCUGCUAGUGACCAGGAAUACCACCACGUCGCCGCGCCGAUGGCCGAGCAGCACCGGAUGGACAAUAGACUGGAGCGGGAGGAGGGUGCUGCUGGUGCUGGUGCUGGUGCUGCUCCUCUGACGACGAAGUGGUACGGCCUGCCUCAUGGCCGGGCGCCACAUUUUGAUUAA